AUGAAUGAAUUAUAAUUCAUUUAAUAUAGAUAUUAAUUGAGAAUACGAGAAUAAAAAUCGGCAAAAGAAUUAUGGCUUUCAACUUAUUGCUGUUUUUUGUAUAUGCUACUUAAAGCAUUCACAAUUACUGGGAAGUUGGUAAUGAUGCAAAUUUAUGAUUUUAUUUAUUCGACCAAUUUUCCAUUAGUUCCUGAUUCAGGGCUAGUAAGUUUUGGAAAUAUUUAGUACAAUCAAAUAUUAAUUUUCGUAGAUGGUUUUGUUAUGAAAUGGCUGCUCCUUUGAGUUUACCAAUGAUUUCCAUGCUAUUAUUAAAAGUUUAGUUCAGGUAUAUAUUUUUCUUUUCUUCUUUUGGAUCUAUAUUGUUUAUAUUACCUCUUUAGUUUGCAACUAUUUGUAAAGAUUCUCAAGAAUCAAUUUGUAAUGUCUACAUAAUGUGGACAUUUACUAUAAUAUUUUCAUUUAUUUCAGGAUUUUGUAAGACUUUAUUGCUUUUUUCCAUGCUUUAUUAUUUGUCUAAUUUGGCAGUAGGUCGGGAAAAGAUUAUUUACUAUAGUUCAUUCUACUUUAUGUAUGUAUAGGAUUUUAUAAUUUAAUAUGUAGACAUCAAUUUUAAUGGUUGAUAGGUAGUUUGAUAGGAAAUUUGUUAGUUCAUUUUUGUAGUAGAGGGUCACUAGUAGAAACAUUAAGACAUUUUUAUAUUAUAUUGAUAAUCAGUUCUUUGUUUUUAUGUUCUCUAUUCUUAACAAUACCAGAUGAAAAAAAGAAAUAAAAAUUUAAAAAGUUUAAUAAAAUGAUAACUUAAUUACUUAUUGAGAAUGGCAAAGAGAAUCAAAAAACAUUAAGAUUAGAAUUACAAAAAAUGAAUAAUAAAAAUGAAUAAAAUGAAUUAUACAAUAAACUAAUUGAUUUUGAAGAAGUUAAAAGUGAAAGAGAAGAGAUUUAAUAAAUAAUGAAUCGAUAGGUUCAAAUGAGACAAACUCAUUAAUUCUUUACUAUCCAAAGUUUUUCAUAUGAGGAAAAUAAUUUAUAAGAUAUUCUUUAAGAAAAGCCAAAAUCUUCUGAUGAUUUGUAAUGGAUUUAUGCAAAUUAGAAAACGAUUUCGAUUGAGGAAUAUGUAAAAAAUAAUUACUUUGGAAAUUUAUAUUUAACUUUAAGUACUCUGUGUUUGGAUGGAUUUUUUUAUUUUAUUAUUUUGAUUUUCAAUGUUGGAAGUGUAAUGUCCUUCUUAUUAUUGCAAUUACCUAAUCUAUUGACAAUCAAUUCAGUAUUAGACCCAGAGACCAGAGCAGCUACAAUAUAUGAAGGAUUUCUAUAUGUUGGAAUAGGAUAGAUUUUUGGAUGUUUUUAUAUGGGAUUGUUUGGAGACUUUUAAUAAAAAAUAACGUAAGAAUUGUGUAAUUAUUAAAAGUGGAUUAUAUUAUAUUCUUGGAGUAUAUCAAUUGGGAUGUUUAUUAGCAUGGGGAAUCUAUAUAUUUGAAAUUGAUUACUUAGUAUAUGUGAUGUCAUUCAUUUUAGGAUUCUGCUGCUCAGCAAUGAUGUCAACAACAAUAUCAUUUUAGAUAGUUUAUUUUCAUAAAGUAAAAUAAAUAUUUGAUUAUAGUUUAUCUACUCAGUAGAUUUAAUGUAUAUAAUUUUUAGUCUCUCAUUCUCUAUCAAUUCAUUAUUUUACAUAAUAACAAAUUUUUCAGGAAAAUUUUAUGGUUUGAUAUUGUUAUAGACUUCAGGAAUAUUAGGAUUAUUAUCAACAUGGAGAAUUCAUAUGAGAUUGAAGUCAAAAUUGAAUAAAUAAUAAUGA